CUCCCUCGGCUCCGCGGUUACCGAGCAGUCGUCGUGAGCCUGCUCCGUUACCCGGCUACCCUACCCGGAGGUGGUGUGGUCUCUUUUGCGUGUGCCCUGCGCAUUUUCAUUGCCCCCCCAAAGUAUCGCCCCGAAUAAACGCGCAUAUCCUCGCGUCUCCCUCUCUGUCUCUCUCUUUCUCUCGCUCCCUCCCCCCUCCCCCCCCCCUCUCUCUCUCUCUCUCUCUCUCUCUCUCUCUCUCUUUCUCUCGUUUCGUCACUUACGCGCGCGUUCUUUAUCGCGCGUUGUCUUGUUGUCGCCUGUCCAUUUGUCAACUUUGCGGCCGCGGCUAUGCCACGAGGUGAACGAAAGACGCGGUGGCAGCCACUACCACUACCAUUACCACUACUACAACUAUCACCAUCAUCAUCAUCGUUUUCGUCGUCGUCGUCGUCGUCGUUGCCGUCGCCGCCGCAGUUGCCGUUUUCGUUUCCGUCCCCGUUGCCUCCGUUUCUGCCGUGAUCAGUUACGUCCGCGGUGGUAUGCGACGCGCUCUUCUCCGUCCGUGUGGAUAUACGCGCGCCAGCCGCCCAGCCGCCGUCAGGAGAAGUAUGCGUGCGAGUAUACACGGAAGUCUUCCACGCGGAAGGCGCCCGUCGCAGUCCGCAGCCGCCCGUCAGUUGUGCGAAAUGCUAAGGUGAUGUAGAAGAAAUUGAAACUGCCAAAUCGCGACGUGACGACUUUCUUCUCUGUGUGGUUACAAUACAACUCACCAAGUCGAUGGACAAAGAAGUAAAAAUGGUUACCGUGCAAGAUGCGGAGACUAGCACGAUGCGCAGGCUUUCGGACGAUGAGGACGACGAGCCUAGUAGUGGGUCUGAAACUUACGAGGAAGGAGAUCUUCUUUCAGCUGCAAUGGAUGAUGAUGUUACAGCUCAACUCGCUGCAGCAGGACCUGUCGGAGUCGCUGCUGCUGCUGCCAUUGUAUCAGCAAAGAAGCGAAAACGACCUCAUAGCUUCGAAACCAAUCCCAGUAUCAGAAAGAGACAACAAAACAGACUUUUAAGGAAGCUUAGACAAACCAUUGAUGAAUUUGCUACGCGAGUGGGACAACAGGCGGUAGUGUUAGUGGCUACGCCAGGCAAACCAAAUAGUAGUUACAAAGUCUUUGGGGCAAAACCCUUAGAAGAUGUAGUUAAAAAUCUAAGGAGUGUUAUCAUGGAGGAACUGGAAAACGCACUUGCGCAACAGGCGCCACCGCCUGUGCAGGAUGAUCCGUCAUUAUUCGAAUUGCCACCGCUUAUAAUCGAUGGCAUACCGACUCCGGUGGAAAAGAUGACACAGGCGCAACUCAGGGCGUUUAUCCCGUUGAUGUUGAAGUAUUCCACUGGUAGAGGAAAACCUGGUUGGGGAAGAGACAGUACGCGACCUCCUUGGUGGCCCAAAGAAUUGCCUUGGGCUAAUGUCCGGAUGGAUGCGCGAUCGGAGGACGAAAAACAAAAAUCCGAUCCAUUGCAGAUCUCUUGGACCCAUGCAUUACGGCAAAUUGUAAUAAAUUGUUACAAAUAUCACGGAAGAGAAGAUCUCCUUCCAGCUUUUAGUGAAGAGGAUGACAAGUCUAAUGUUAUAAUACAACAAGCGACGCCUCAUUCUUCGUCGCAUCCUUCAUCAAGUCAAGGGCAGAAUGGAGGAGGACAGUCGCAACAGCAGCAGACGGUGGGAGUCGUUCGCCUCAACAGCACGGAUUCAUCUAAGGGAAACUCUUCGCCAGCACAAAUCAUUGCCGCGUCUCCCACAGCUCUUGCCACUGCCACUCAGCAGAUGACAGCCCAAUAUCCAACAACUGUAUUGCAGACAAUAACCAAUCCAGAUGGAACAGUUUCUAUUAUACAGGUGGAUCCUAGUACUCCGAUUAUUACGUUACCAGAUGGUACAACAGCGCAAGUUCAAGGAGUUGCUACCAUCCAUACCAGUCAAGGAGAUGUACAGGCACUAGCGGAAGUAGCUGGCAGCACGGAAGGUACUAGCGUGGCCGUCGAUUUGAAUACCGUGACAGAAGCGACGUUAGGUCAAGAUGGUCAGAUCAUCCUUACCGGGGAAGAUGGACACGGAUAUCCUGUUUCAGUCUCAGGGGUGAUUACAGUGCCAGUGUCGGCCAGUAUGUAUCAGACUAUGGUGGCCAAUAUACAGAGUGAUGGUACAAUGCAAGUGGUAACACCGAUGGUUCAGGUACCCAAGGUCGAAUCAGGAAAUGGAGACACCACCAUCGAAGCUGUUGCCAUACAAGGCCAUCCCAUGACUAUGAUAAAUGCCGCUGGAGAACAUCAAGUUCUUCAAGUAAUAUCGUUAAAGGACGCCAAUGUUCUAACGAAGGCCAUGCAAGCCGAUGUUAAGGAUGAGGACAGUCAACAACAACAAACUGUACCUAGCCCAGAAUAAAUAUACGUUAAGUGUAAUCUAGUUAAUCCAAAAGGAAAAAAAAACACUCGUUCCGUAUCACCUGUACAUGCUAUCAGUGCAGUCGCGGUCACAUACGGAAGGGAUAAACGCGUGAAAGAAUUAGUAACGAUUGGUGUUGUCUUUCUUUUUCUCUUUGAGUCAUUGUAUUGUGUAGCGUGUGUUUUGCUGACUGCGUCGUUGUUAAACGACGGUUAUAUUUGAUCAAUGGAGAAUGGAUGAGAGUGUGAAACCAAUUGGAUUAGGAUUAGUCAUAUUCGUACUCAAGAUUCAUCAUAGACGCUUGAGUAUUCACUUGCAAUCUAAUUUUUCGGAAUAUAGUAUUAAUUUUCAAAGAGGUCUAUAUUGUCGUGUCAGGUGAGCGCAUCUGUUUUCGGAAAUAAUUUACAAUAAUCGUCUAUCGCGCAUUGCUCACUGGAAAACAAGGAUCAAUACUAUACUGAUACUUGUAUUUUUCGGCAAUGUGCACAAGCUAAGCACAUAUUUUCUAGUCUUAGAACCAGGUUGAUGCAUGGGAAUAUACACCAAAGAUAAUUAUUUUUUAUUAAUUUACUAAUAUUUUCUAUGGAAAGAAUUUUUUAAAUGUGUUUAUACUUGAUUUCAUUAAUUAUUCAAAUUCAUACGAAACUCAAUAAUUUUAGCAGCAAAAGUAACUUGUUUUGAUGCAAUACUUUUUUCUAAAAUUUAAUAAAGGCACAAAACUUCUGCGCGAAUGUGUAAAAAUAAACGGGAGAAACUAUAAUUUUGCUAUGUUUCCUUAUAGAAAUUGGUCAUAUUGUAAAAGAAUUUAUUUUUAUGGAUAAAAAGCAAAACAGUCGAAUAAAUCACAUGGUCAAUCUGUUUGAGCUCGAUCUGUUUGAAUUGUACGAGUAUAUAAAAAGAUUAUCAAGAUAACUUUCUUAUUACAAAGUUGUGUGUAACAAUAUAUAUAUAUAUAUAAUACAGACAAUGGGCGUUUCUCUUUUAUCUUGACUACUUGGAACUUCUAAAUAGUCAAGAUAUACAAAACUGGCUAGUAUACAUAUUAUAUAAAGGAUCGCGAUAUAUAGUAGAAAUAAUGACGAAAAAAAAAGAGUUAAGCAUUUCUGACGGGUACAAAUAGGAUAUAAGAUGUAUGUUUUUUCGAUAAUACAAAAUAUAUAAAUUUGCAAUUUCAAUGCGCACCAACGAAAAGCGUGUGUCCAGUCUUGUUUUACAAGAAUUAUAUUGCACUGUUUACGUAGAUAUUUGCUUCGAUUAGCAUAAUCGAUAACGAGUCAUCGUUUGAUUUUCUUCAAUGAGAUGAGAAAGAGGAAAAACUAGUACAUUAUAUUUGUAUGAAAGAUUUUUUUAACUUUCUUGAUCUCGAAAAUUAUGAAAUCGCAAUGUGUAUGUACUAAUUUUCUAAAGAGGAGAGUAUGCGAGAUUGUAAAAACCAGGAUUCAUAUAUAUACAUAUAUAUAUUGUCCUUCAUUCCACUUGAAGGUAAUCAAAAGUAAUUGAUUCUAUUUUACAUUAAAUAAUCGAACUGUGUCAUGGUAUUUAAAAUCAUCAUCCCCACCAUUUUUAUAUAAUGUAUCUAAAGCGACGAAAAGUGUAUUUUUUGCGUGCAAUCUUGUUUCAAUGUUACGGUAGUAAAAAAUAGGAUUAUCAUCUAGAAUAAUUUUACUCUUUCAAUUUUAAACUUGUCUCAAUUUUUCUCCGGGUGUGAUCUUUACAUAUUAUAUUACAUAUCUACAUUACAUAUAAAAUAAUUCGAAUAUUUUUCAGUUGUAAUUAUUUAACAUUAUCUAAUUGUAAAUUAAAUAAUGUGUAGCAAAUAGUGCAACAACAUGGAUAGCAAAGCAACACUCGUCUCCAAGAGAUCGUAACAUUGAAACAACAAACUGCCCUUGAAAAACAACCGUAUAAGGAUACCAAAGAGAUUUUUAUAACAUUAUAGAGGAAAGUAGUUGAAGUUAAUGAUAAAUACUAUUAAAAACGUAUCAUGACGAUAGAUACUAAUUGUUGCGGUUUUUUUAAAUAUCAGGGCCACAUACAUUAAUGAUGUAAUAUAUCAGUACUCACGUGUAAGAUAAACAUGUUAUAUUUUCCCCUCUGUUAUUUGUAACAAAGCACAUACCAAGCAUAAAUUAAGUUGGAUGUCAUUUUGAAAAAGCAAGAAAAAAAUGUGUAUUACGACUUUAGAUAAUUAUAGACAUAUGUGUAUAUGA